GGUGGUCAGCUGACAAUUUCGAGUCUCUUAUGUUUACUUUCUUUCCUCCCCCCUCUCGCGUGAAACCUGUUUUUUCUUCUUCCUGUUCGUCUGUUGACUUCAUUUGAAUGAAUGCAGCGGCAUGCUUCUUCUUCGAGGAGAACCAUGGUAGUCGUCAACUCGGUGCUCAAGCUGCUCCAGAGGCAGACGUACACCUGUCUGUCCCACCGCUACGGGCUCUACCUCUGCUUCGGGGGCAUCGUCCUCAUGAUAGUUUCCGCCUUUCAGUUCGGAGAGGUCGUGGUGGAGUGGAGUCGGGACCAGUAUCACGUGCUGUUCGACUCCUACAGAGACAAUGUGGGUGGGAAAUCCUUCCAAAGCAGGCUCUGUCUGCCCAUGCCUAUUGAUGUGGUGUACACAUGGGUGAACGGCACAGACGUGGCUCUGCUGAAGGAACUGAAGACGGUCAAAGAGCAACUGGAGGAAGAACAACGAGCUCUGAGGGAACUCCUGGGGAAAAACGCAACUGAGACGACUGAAGUGCCAAAAGAGAGUGUUAAGCCCGAGUGUCUGCUGUCCCACUGCAUCAUCGCGCCCAUGCUGGCCCUGGACCCGGCUCUGCCAGCCAACGUCACCCUCAAAGAGCUGCCGGCGCUCUCUUCCUCCUUCUCCGCCGCCAAAGAGCUGCUGCCGAUGAACAAAGCCUUCCACCCGGCCACCACCGUCUCGGUGGUUGUCUUCCAUUCGCAGGCCGAGGCUGAUAAAAGCUACACAGAUGUGUUGAAGGACCAGAAGUUCUCCGUGUCCAGAUGUUAUCUGACGACGGAUAAAGAGGCUCCGGGUCUGAUCCGCAUGCAGUCUCUGGCCUACCUGAGCGGCUUCCCGGCAUCCUUUAAGGAAACGGAGCAGCUGAGACUCAAACUGCCCUCCGUCAUAACCAAUAAGAUCAAACAGAGCUACUCGGUCCAAAUACCAGGACAGAAAGAUUUUGAGUUGUACUCCGAGGCCGGCAUCGCCCUGCUGCACCUGAACGCCCCGCAGGACUUCACCGACCUGGCGCAGCAGGCCAAGAAGAAUCUGACCCUGGACGGGAAAGAGUUGACCAUCAGCCCCGCCUACCUGUUCUGGGACCUCACCGCCAUCUCACAGUCCAAACAGGACGAAGACGUGUCGGCCAGCCGCUUUGAGGACAACGAGGAGCUGCGCUACUCGCUGCGCUCCGUGGAGAGACACGCCCCCUGGGUGCGGCACAUCUUCAUCAUCACCAACGGGCAGAUUCCCUCCUGGCUCAACCUGGAUAACCCCAGAGUUACAGUCGUCCCCCAUCAGGUUAUCUUCCUGAACAGCAGCCACCUCCCCACGUUCAGCUCCCCUUCCAUCGAGACGCACAUGCACCGCAUCCCGGGCCUCUCGCAGAAGUUCAUCUACCUCAACGACGACGUGAUGUUCGGCAAAGACGUGUGGCCGGACGACUUCUACAGCCACUCCAAGGGCCAGAAGGUGUAUCUCACCUGGCCGGUCCCCAACUGUGCCGAGGGUUGCCCGGGGUCUUGGAUCAAAGAUGGCUACUGUGACAAAGCCUGCAACAACUCUGCCUGCGACUGGGAUGGAGGAGACUGCCUCGGUAAGGAGAUUGCCUCUCCUCUCCCCGUCACCGUUUUGUUUAUUUCUUCCUUUUUCCCCCCGACAGGCGCGAUGGGAAACGGUCGCUUCGCGGCCGGGGUCGGCGGCGCCGGCGGCGGCGGGCCCGGCGGAGGUGGCGGACAGGUGUGGCAGUUCGCAGGCGGCUUAGGGGGUCUCGGGGAGAUGUCGUACUGCAACCACGGCUGUGCCAACUCCUGGCUGGCGGACAAGUUCUGUGACCAGGCGUGCAACGUCCUGCCCUGUGGGUUCGAUGUGGGAGACUGUGGCCAAGAGCACUUUGGCGAGCUGCGUCAUGUGACCCUGUCGAGGAACCAGAGCCUGUACAUCCUCCCUGUGGGUGAAACUCGGCCAUACUUCAGCUUCGACCGACUGGCCCGCCGGAUCUCGGACGCCUCUGUCGGCGACAACCCGGUGCUCCGCCACACGUCCGUCGCCAACAAGUGGAAGACCGUCCACCUGCUGCUCCACCCGGGCCACAACGCCACCCAGAUCCACUACAACCUCACCUUCCAGAGGCACGACGACACCGAGUUCACGAUGUGCUUCAGCGUGGCCGUCGACACCCGCGAGCUGCCCCGGGGCAACGCGUCCCAGGCCGCCGCCGCCGCCGGCAAAGACGGCGCCGACGACAAAGACCCGAAGCCGACCCCGACCGCGGAGCCGGCGGUCCCGUUCUCGGCCGUUCCCGAGGACAAACGCGGCCCCAAGAUCCGGAGGAGGCCGCCGGGGGAAGCCGCGGUCGUCGCGGUGGUGCCGUCGGUGAACGCGUCUCUUCUGCCGGCCGCCGUGCGGAGCGAGCUGCGCAAGCUGGAGGAGAAGCUUCGGCUGCACGACAUCACGGCGAAGGGUUACGACCGCGCGAAGGCGGAGCUGCUGGAGCCGUACAAGGCGCUGGCGCGGCCGGCCGGCGAUCCGCAACCGGGAAAGGUCGAGGCGAAGCCCGAGAAAGACCUGGAGGGAGAGCGCCCACCCGCGGGAGAUGUCAUCCGGCUAAAUGUGAACUGGAAAGAGGAAGCGUCCCGGAAAGACGUCGCCGCCGCCGCCGCGCCGCAUUUCAUUGCCGUCCGUGCCGAUGACGAGCGCGAGGAGGUCGCGCCCGAACGCUCCGAUCUGAAAGCGGUGAUCGACCGGCCCUUGACUUCCAAACUGCUAGACAGCAUUUCCAAAACCAAGGGGGCGGAGCCGGGAGGAGCGCCUUUCGGUCGCAGGCUUCAACACUUCCUCAACGCAGACCGCGGCUUCCUGCCGUGGGAGAGGAGGAAGUACUUCCAGAAGCUGCUCGAGGAAGAGGAGCGGCUGCAGAGGGCGCUGUCGUACGAGGCGGACGGCGGCGCCGCCGGCCGGCGGCUGCGGGACACCUUCGCCGACUCGCUGCGCCACGUCAACAAGCUGCUCAACGGCCAGUUCGGCUUCACGUCCCGCAAAGUCCCCGCCCACAUGCCUCACAUGAUCGACCGGCUCAUCAUGCAGGAGCUGCAGGACACAUUCCCAGAGGAGUUCGACAAGACGUCGGGCCAUCGCGUCCGCCACCCCGAGGACAUGCAGUUCGCCUUCUCCUACUUCUACUUCCUGAUGAGCGCCCAGCAGCACCUCAACGUCACCGAGGUGUUCGACGAGAUCGACACGGACCACUCGGGCGUCUUGUCCGACCGGGAGAUUCGGACUCUGGCCACGAGGAUCCACGAGCUGCCGCUCAGCCUCCAGGACUUGACCGGCCUGGAGCAGAUGUUGAUAAACUGCUCCAAGACUCUCCCGACGAACCUGACCCGGCUCCACCUGGUGAACCCGACGCAGGAGGCGUACUACGACCCCAGCAUGCCUCCGGUGACCAAAGGCCUCGUCCUGCACUGCAAGCCCAUCACGGAGCGCGUCCAGAAAGCCUUCAGGGACCAGAACAAGUACAAGUUUGAGAUCAUGGGGGAGGAGGAGAUCGCGUUCAAGAUGGUGCGGACGAACGUCUCCCACGUGGUCAGCCAGUUGGAUGACAUUCGGAAGAAUCCCAGGAAGUUCGUCUGUCUGAACGACAACAUCGACCACAGCCACAAGGACGCGGCCACGGUGAAAGCCGUGCUGAGAGACUUCUACGAGUCCAUGUUCCCGCUGCCGUCCCAGUUCGAACUGCCGAGAGAAUAUCGCAACCGGUUCCUGCACGUGGACGAGCUCCAGGAGUGGCGAGUAUAUCGGGACAAUCUGAAGUUCUGGACGCACUGUGUCCUCAUAACGCUCGUCGUCUUCACCGUCAUGUCCUUCUUUGCCGAGCAGCUGAUCCUGCUGAAGCGAAAGCUGUUCCCCAGACGCAGAGUGAACCAGGACAGCAACCCUGAGCGGGUGUGAGGGGGAGAAAAAGAAAAAAAACGAACCCCGAAUACUUCCCUCUCCUCUCCUCACUCUCUCCUCCUCGGGAAGAGAUGAUUUCGCCCCCGAGGGCGGAGCCGGGAACCUGAAGUCCUCCGCGCUUGCGUUGCCUCGGCGCGCACAGCGGCCAGACCCGUGUGAGAUGGUGACGGAGCAUUUUUUUUCACAAGAUAAUAGACGGGGCUGGCCGAGGAAAGGAAUGCCAGCCAGAAGAAGAAGAAGAAACCAGUGAUGAUUAUUUUCCUCCACUAGGGGCAUCGGAGGCUUUUGCACAAGUCCACAAGCGAACACUCCCUCCACUCCGACACCACCCUCCUCGGGUCCUGCUGUCGCCACGGUUUUGAUCGAUGUGCUGCUACUGUGUGAAACGUUUGACGGCAGCUGGUCAGUAAUUAUUGUGUGUGUGUGUGUGUGUGUGCAGAGAGCAAGUCUUACCACAGGACCUGCGACUAUUUUGAUAAUCGAUUAAACGUUCGAGUCACUUUUCAAAGACGAAUUCCAAACGUUUGCUGUUCCCAGCUUCUUAAAUCUGAGUAUUUUCUCUUUUAUAUAUAGUUGAUUAUCUUUGGGUUUUGGAAAAGCAAAGAUGUCACCUUUGGGUGCUGGAGAGACAGAAAAACGUGGGGAGAGACAUGCAGCAAACAGGCCCGAUGGAAUCGGGGCUCGGGUAUCUGCCUUUUAUAAUUAUGAGUCUUAUUAUUUUUGGUUUUGGAGACAAAAGGAUGAAUUGCAAAAUUGGUCAGUGGAUAAAAAAAUAAUGUGUUUGGCUUUUAUCCCCUUGGAUUAAUUUAACGAAAAUGAGGGGGAGGAAAGUAGAUAAAGGACGACAUCAAAUAAUAAGUAUUAGUGUCGGUGGUUGUCGUUAAAAACAUGGAAACUUGAAGUGCCUUCAUUGUUCAUUCCUGCUUGUUUGAACAUUUGUUUAACUCCUGUUUAUUUUUUUAUAAAUGUCUUCUUCUAAAUGUCGGACGCCCCCUGAUCUCUGGAUUUACAAUGAGAAUGAACGGUUUAUAGGAUGAUGCGCUCCUCAACGUGUGUGUGUGUGUGUGUGUGUGUGUGUGGGACUCGACAGGCCACCGCUACUGCCUGAAGUUCGGACGCCCUCAGCAUCACCUGUAACUUAUUCUGAUUGUAUUAUUGUGAUGACCGGCGGCCAUCUUUUUCCUCCCGACUGUCAGUUUUACAAAGUUCUUUAAUAUAAUGACAAAAGGAGAAAGAGGAUGAUUUUCAGCAUUUUAACGCUCCCAUAAGUCUUGGAAGUACUUUGAGGCGAGUCGCAUAUCUAGAAAAAUCUGAUUGCAUCGGUUCAAAGGAUCUUACGACUCAAAUAAAAAGUGUCUUGGUCCAGUCA